CCACCUCAGUUCUGCCGGGCAACAAGUACACCUAUGCCGAUUUUGUCUCGAUUCACUCCCGCAACAUGAACUCCAUCCACGGCACGUCCCUCUUUCUGCCGUUCCAUCGCUACUUUAUUCGCCUCUUUGAGCAGCAUCUCCAGGCCAUCGAUGCUACCGUCUUCCUUCCCUACUGGGACUGGUCCCGGGCGAGUAUCUAUCAGGAUCCCCAGAGCGGGCUGGUAUUCAGUUCCUCCGCUCUGGGGUCGGUUACUGCCCUCCUCAACUCCAACACGGGAUAUUGCCUGAACAUUGGCGACGGAAGCGGCUCGACAUAUCAGCUCAGCAACUCGGGCGACUCCAACUGUGUCCAACGCCUUGGCGGCACAGAUUCCAGCGGAUUCUAUACGGGUCGUAUUGGCGGACCACUCACAGCCCCGAACGUGAUCGACAGCUACACCACUUCUGCAAGCCUGGACAGCUUCAAUACCUAUGCCAAGGUCAUCGAGUACAUUCACGGAGAUGUACAUGUCAAGUGUGGUGGAGACAUGAGUCAUCUCAACACGUCGCCCAAGGACCCGCUGUUCUUCUUCCACCAUGCGAACGUUGAUCGCUUCUGGAGCAACUGGCAAAGCUAUGACAACUACCGUCGCCAAUUUGCCUACGCCUCCAGCACCAGCGACAAGCUCGUCGAGUUCACCACCGUGACUGUCGCCAGUGUACUUGACCAUCAGAACAGCCUGUGCUAUUCGUAUCAGCCACCAGCCUCGGGCUUUGAAGCCCAGUCUGAGCCAGCGCAAACGCAGGAGGCUCUCCCGGAGGAGUGGCACAGCAUGAUCUUUAGCUCCCCGGAAGAGGCCAACGACAUUCUGUCCACCAUCGCCAGCAUUACCCAGAGUGUCAACGACGAUCUCGCCGCCAACGGCAACUGACAUUCUAUGCACAAGCGCAUGGUUUCGAGCAGACGAAAUCUGCUACGUGGCUCUGACGGAGAGAAGCUUAGGCCCGUAGUCACCGUGAAGGAGUGUAUUGGCGGGAACAACAAGAUGACGAAGGACAAGGGAGCGUGGAAGGUCGAGGUCGCAAGUGAGGGGCAAGUGGAAGAACAUGCGACCCAUGCAGCUGUGGCUUCGAGUUUGCGACAAAAUCCCGUGCAAUGCACUUGACACCUGAGCAAACGGGCCAAGAUGCCUUGCUGUGGCGACUUUCUGGGCGGGAAUAUAUACAAAUGUCUCCCA